CAACGCUCGAUCGCGCAUCGACGGGACGUCGUCCUCGAUCCUCGUCUGGUUUUUCGCUCCGCGAGAAACUGGGACCAGUUGGUGGAGGCCAGUUGGUGUUCGCCAGCCGUUGGUCGGCGCAGCAUCUGUUUUCGCUAAUCGUGUCGACUUGCGAGUGAAAAAGCAAUAUCAUCGAAAGGAAAAUCUACGUGGGAGGCAUGUCAACGAAUUGAUUCUAUAAGAAUAAGACGAUAAAAAUGGAAUGAUCCCGCGUAAUUAAAUCGAUUAAUUUGCGCCCUCCUCCCCGAGGAGCAAAUUAAAUCAAAUCCCAUUCGAUCCUUCACCGCGUCUUCGAGAUCGAAGAAAGUUUCGCGCCUUCCUGCAAACCUCCCAAUUGAAUCCAUCGGCGAAACUUCUCCCGAGACAUAGGAAAAUCGACUCGGCUCAACGGGGGACGGAGAAAGUUACAAACAGCAAACUUAUCGAGUGAAAUCUGAUAGAGCACCUCCGCGACCUCGAAGGAGGAGCCGAAGAACCCGCGUUUGAGAGAAGAAUUCUUUCUUCGUUUCUUCCGUUGUCGGAACGUGACGCUAUCAUUUCCGGUCCCUCCAAUAAUCACCGAGAACAUCAAACUUUAUCUUUGUUCCGUCAACCGCGAUUCGGCGGGCUCGGGAGAUGCCAGCUGGACGGUGAGAUUUCUUAAUUAAAGAGAGAGAGAGAGAGAGAGAGAGAGUUUCUCACAACGUGAGACAAAAAGUCGGCGAUUCAAGAGGCCGGUGUAAGUCGCACACGCGUUAAAUUAACGCACAGCACGAGGCUACGAAGAUGGGCAAGAAGAACAGCAAGCUCAAGCAGGAUACCAUCGAUCGACUCACCACCGACACGUACUUCACCGAAAAGGAGAUUCGUCAAUGGCACAAAGGAUUCUUGAAAGAUUGCCCCGAUGGACUGCUGACAGAACAGGGGUUUAUAAAGAUCUACAAGCAGUUCUUCCCGCAGGGUGACCCGUCGAAGUUCGCCUCCCUUGUCUUCAGGGUCUUCGACGAGAACGCCGACGGCACGAUAGAAUUCGAGGAGUUUAUAAGAGCGCUGUCGGUGACGUCACGCGGCAACCUGGACGAGAAGCUUCACUGGGCCUUUCGUUUGUACGAUGUGGACAACGACGGCUUCAUCACGAGGGACGAGAUGUACAAUAUAGUUGACGCGAUAUAUCAGAUGGUGGGACAGCAGCCGCAAGCCGAGGACGAGAACACCCCGCAGAAGAGGGUCGACAAAAUCUUCGACCAGAUGGACAAGAACCACGACGACAAGCUCACGCUCGAGGAGUUCCGGGAGGGUAGCAAGGCCGAUCCCAGGAUCGUUCAGGCGUUGUCCCUGGGCGGCGAGUAACCCCGAUUUCCAUCAUCACAGACGGCGCACGACCCUUCGAAAUCGGAAGUCUCCACGCCGUCGUCAUUAUCGUAAUUAUCGGCGCGAGACUGGACGAAACCGCUCGUCCCGAUCGGCUCGAGCCGAUGAGAAACGAUCCUGAGUAAAGGCAAGUCCACAUCCGCGCGGUUUGCAAUGCACGUAUAAUAGAAUAGCGUGAUAAAGCGAAUGUGAGAUGUAGAGAUUCGCGACUAUUUUUGAAGAAAUCUCUCGUCAAAGAAUUAUAAUUCUCUCUCUCUCUCUCUCUCUAUCUAUCUCACGUUUUUCUACCUUCUAUCUCUUUCUCUCUUUUUAUCUCGCUCUCGGAGAAGAUCGGUUCUCGUUCCCCGUUGGUGAAUCGAUCUCUCCAUCUCCAUCUUAAU